AUGCAGCUUCUUCUACUCGCAGCGGCGUUUCUCUUUACGCACGACCUCACCGGGGCAGUGCGCUCUGACAAGUGCGCCUCCCGGUGCGACGUGAGCUCGUGUCCGAGCCCCAGCUGUCCCGGCGGGUACGUCCCGGACCGAUGCAACUGCUGCCUGGUGUGCUCGCCGCGGGAGGGAGACCCCUGCGGCCGCAAAAACGACCUGCCCUGCGGGGAUGGCUUGGAGUGCAAGCUGCUCCCCGCGGGGAGGCGGCGAGGCUCCAAGGGGGUCUGCCGGUGUAAGAUGGAGCAUGAAGUGUGUGGAAGCGACGGGAAAACGCACGGUAAUGUGUGUCAGAUGAGAGCAGCCAGUCGUAAAGCCCAGCAGAAGGGGAGACCAGCAGUCAGCCAAGCGCACAAAGGACCCUGCUCAGCUCCAGGCGCAGGUCAUCAUUCCCUGGUCCGCCUCGGAAGCCCUCGCUACAAGUUCAACUUCAUCGCUGACGUGGUGGAGAAAAUAGCACCUGCUGUUGUCCACAUUGAACUGUUUGUAAGACACCCCCUGUUCGGUCGUCACAUGCGUCUCUCCAGCGGCUCUGGCUUUGUUGUGACCCACUCAGGUGUGAUCGUGACCAACGCUCACGUGGUGACCACGGCUGCCGCGGCGACAGGGAGGCCCCAGCUGCGCGUGCAGCUCCACGACGGCGACGCGUACGAGGCCGUGGUCAGAGAUGUGGACAGGAAGGCCGACAUCGCCACAAUCAAGGUCAACCCUCAGCAGAAGAAGCUUCCCGUGCUGUCUCUGGGCCGCUCAUCUGAUCUGAGGCCAGGGGAGUUCGUGGUCGCUAUCGGCAGCCCUUUCGCCCUGCAGAACACCGUCACCACCGGCAUCGUCAGCACGGCUCAGAGGGACGGCAAAGAGCUGGGCAUCAAGGACUCAGACAUGGACUACAUCCAGACUGACGCUAUUAUCAAUUACGGAAACUCUGGAGGACCUCUUGUUAACUUGGAUGGCGAGGUGAUUGGCAUCAACACUCUGAAAGUGACAGCGGGGAUCUCUUUCGCCAUACCCUCGGACAGAAUCAGCCGCUUCCUCACAGAGUCGGAGGCCAAACACAGCAAAGGUCAGGGGUCAAAGCGUGAGCAGCAGUUCGAGAAGACGAGACUGCAGAGAAGACUCACAGAGGAGCCACAGUCGGAUACAGAGGUGUCUGACGUGAAGAGACACUUUUUAGGCAUCAGGAUGCUUACUGUCACCAAAGCUCUAGUAGCAGAGUUGAGGCGUCAGAAUCCAGACUUCCCUGAGGUCAGCAGUGGAGUUUUGGUGCGGCAGGUCAUACCUGACACCCCAGCACAGAAUGGCGGGAUAAAGGAAGGUGACGUUAUAGUCAAACUGAACGGACAACCAGUCCAGACCACUGAAGACGUCCGUGAGGUGCUGCAGCACGAUCGGCCUCUACUGCUUGAGAUUCGUCGAGGCAAUGACGACUUACUGUUCAACAUCCACCCUCAAGUUAUUGUGCAGUGA